GUCGUUGGCGCACGCGCAGUCGGCAAGACCCGCGGCUAACUGUCGCUCGUGUUUCAACAACCAAAAAUGAGUACACAAAUUAUUAUAGCGUGAUAAAUGUGUUAUACAAUGUCGUUGACAUUCCUUUUGUGUGUGCCGUGAUCAAUAUGCCCGAGUGUCCCGAAUCAUUCACAUUCACUAUCCCAAUUAUACGGUAUACAAUGGAGUCCGAAGACUCUAACGGAGCUGAACGCCAGCAGCCAGUGAAGAAAAUGUCUCUACUAUCGCCUGUGAAGAUAGAAACGCCAGAUUCCGGCAGACGAGCCUCUGAGCCAACGAGAUAUUACAUUCCACCUCAGUGUAUAAACAGACUCUCGCCAAGGACAGCAAGAAAACGAGACAGAAGAAAUUCCAAGGCAGAUGUAAAGGAUGAAGUAAAGGAAACCUUCGGACCGAAGCCGUGUAAUUGUGAGGACUGUAGAUCAUCCAGCCCAUUGCCCCCUGGUUAUGGUCCACCAACAAUGUCCCCAGGAUAUGAUCAAAUGAAGAGUGCUCUACUGGAUGUGCCAUGGAACGAUGACUUUACUGAAGCUUCUAGUGAUGAUCUGAGCUCCGAAUGGGAUUCGGACGUCCCCGAACCACCACCAGUACAACCAAAGCAAUCAGAGAGAUGGCGUAAGCUUCGCAACAUAGUGCAAUGGACUCCCUUCUUUCAAACGUACAAGAAGCAACGGUAUCCUUGGAUACAAUUAGCUGGUCAUCAGGGAAACUUCAAGGCGGGCCCUGAUCAAGGCACGAUACUUAAGAAACUCAGCCCACAAGAAGAACGAUGCUUUAAGUUGCUAAUGAAGGACAUUCUACGACCAUACGUACCUGAAUAUAAGGGUCAAGUCACCUGUGAUGAUGGAGAACUAUACUUACAACUGCAAGAUUUGCUAAGUGACUUCGACUGUCCCUGUGUCAUGGACUGCAAAAUUGGCGUAAGAACAUACUUAGAAGAGGAGCUGGCCAAAGCAAAAGAAAAGACAAAAUUAAGAAAAGAUAUGUAUGAGAAGAUGAUCCAAAUAGAUCCAGCCGCGCCUACAGAUGAAGAACAUAGGAGCAAAGGGGUAACCAAACCGAGGUAUAUGAUAUGGAGAGAAACUAUCAGCUCAACAGCAACACUGGGCUUCAGAAUAGAUGGUGUUAAAAAAGCUGAUGGCACAAGUACUAAGGACUUCAAAACUACGAAGACGAGGGACCAGAUAUUGGAAGCGUUCAAAGACUUUACAGGCAGCUCUAGGAGUGCUGUGCCUAAAUACUUGGAGAGACUGAAGAAUAUCCGAGCGACCCUCCUGGAGUCACCCUUCUUCAGAACUCACGAGUUAAUCGGCAGUUCGCUUCUUUUUGUCCACGACAAAAAAGGAGCCUCUAUUUGGAUGAUUGACUUCGCAAAAACGGUGCCUGUUCCAGAUGACAUCAGCAUUGAUCAUAAUUCCGCUUGGAAAGUUGGAAAUCACGAGGACGGUUACCUCAUCGGCCUGAAUAACUUAAUUUCCAUCUUUGAGUCAUUGAUCAAAGACGACAAUGGCAACAUUGAUCAACACUACACAGACUUAAAUUUGGAUAAAAGCGUGCGAAGAGACACUUUAGCAACUUGACCCCUUUGAAAUUACCUACAAAUGUAAUUUGUCUUGAAUAUUUCGUUCUGGAAGUCCAGAUGUGUUGUAAUGACGAUGAUGUUCUACAUUAAAGGUGUAAAUAUUUGUUACUUUAAGUGUGUCGAAAUACUCAUAAUGUAAGUUAUGCUUAUGAGAAGAUGGUGUAAAUUGUUUAGUUCCCUGCAUUGUUUGCACGGUAUAUAUAAUAUUUAUACAGUAACAAUAAAUAAAACUACUAAAUAUCGGAUAAAAUUGUAUUUCUAUACUUCGACAGUGUACUUGUUCAGUUGAGUUUUUCAAUGUAUAAUGUAAUGUAUAUAACUGUGAAAAAGUCAUAGAAAAUUCUUAAUGUAUUAUUUAUAUUUUUAGUAAGUUCACUAUAUUAGUGUAACGACUAGAUAUUUUAUUAUUUACGAGUACAUAAGGCUAAUUAUACUGAGGUACUAAUUAAAACAUAUCACAUACGUA